AUGCGUCUGGGUCAGGAGUAUCCCACCACCAGGGUCACCAUCCUGCCUGAUGCGGAUGACGUGCCAGUGUUUUACUUUGGAGAAACCGAGUACCAUGUGGAUGAGAGUGAUGGUUAUGUUGAAAUCCGGGUUUGGAGAACAGGAAGUGACCUUUCCAAAAGCGGAACUGUCACGGUACGGUCUCGAAAAACUGAGCCUGUUUCAGCCGAAGCUGGUAUGGACUACGUUGGGAUUAGUAAGAACCUAGACUUUUCCCCGGGCGUCAACAUGCAGACGUUCAAGGUAACAAUCCUGGAUGACCUGGGACAGCGGUGCUGGAGGGCCAGAGAAGUUUGA